AUGGCCAAUGAGUUGGCAUUUCCUGCGGAGCUAGCUUCUGUUCAACAAGUUUUUCAUGUCUCUAUGUUAAAGAAGUACCUUGGUGAUCCAUCAUCGAUUCUGCCUGUAGAAGGUUUGGGAGUUGAUGAAGACUUGUCCUAUGAGGAGGUUCCUGUUGAGAUUUUAGAUCGGCAGGUAAAGCGGCUAAGAAACAAGGAGCUUACCACAGUGAAGGUAUUAUGGAGGAACCAUCUUGUUGAGGGUUCUAUGUGGGAGACCGAGGCCGAUAUGAGAUCCCUUUACCCUCAUCUCUUCAGCUCUUGA